ACCCGGCCUGAUCCUUGACCCCGCCCCGAGCCACAACUGGGCGGGUCUAGGAGGGAUCAGAAGUCGAGGGAGGGAGGGGGCAGGUUUGUCUAAGACGGAGAAAAUUGACAUGUGGGACCCGCUCCCUUCCCCAGAAGCUGUUUAACUCGGACUCUUCGUCUUGUGCCGCCGAAGCCCCAGUGCAUCGGCUCGAGAACGGCCUAGGCCUCAAUUUUAUUCACCUUGUGUUUAUACAUCACAGCAGCUAGCACGGAGCCUUAAACACAGCUGGUGCCCAUCUUCUCCAUCUUUAGAUUAUCUUGUAUUCACUUGUGCACCGAAGUUGUACACCCUUCCCAUCUUGCUCCUUGAGAAUCAGUCCUGCAUAGAAUCUGUAGUUACUACCUGGCAGAGGAAGGGUUCCUGCUGAAGAGACAAGAGACCUCAGCCCCUGAAUGAAAAUCUCAAAUAAAGUGACUUUGCCUCAGAGGCCCUUAGGCUUUUGGAGAACAAACAGAAAUAAGACCCAGAAGGAGACACAUUUGGCUUUAAACCUUUGGCGAAAACUUCAAGAGGUGGUUGUUCAAUUUAUGACCGUCUUGCCUGGCUAAAGAGGACUGGAGUGAAUUAAUAAUAUCUAGAAUAGGAAGUGUGACCUGCAAGGAUCUGACCCAAAUGCUGGGGGAGAAAGGUGUAUGGAAGACACAGCCAUUGGCACUAUGAAGAUUUAUAGUCUAGUGAGUCUGGGAACUACAAGGCUGGAGAAUCUCUGAUGGUUCCUUCCUCUUUCACAGUUUUGCCUUCUCGGGAAUAUGCACUUAUCCAAGAGAGAAACAUUAAGGAGGAAAGAAAGACUUCUGAAUUUCUUACAGUCAUGUUCCAGAAAUCACUGACAUUCAAGGAUGUGGCUGUGGAUUUCACCCAGGAGGAAUGGCAGCAAUUGAACUCUGAUCAGCGAUACCUGUAUAGGGAUGUAAUGCUGGAGAACUAUAGGAACCUGGUCUCUUUAGGGCAUCAGUUUUCCAAACCAAAUGUGAUCUCCCAGUUGGAGCAAGGAGAAGAGCCUUGGAUAGUAGAAAAAGAAGUUUCAGCACAUAGUUUCCUAGAAUGGGAGACUAGGAAUAAAACCAAGGAGUCAACUCUAAAGCAAGACAUUCCUGAAGCAGAAUCAUCCCAUAAAGUGACAUUGGAAAAAUUCACAACAGUUGGCAUAUGGUACUCUGAUCUAGAAGAAACUAGGACAUCUGAUUCCCAAUUUGGAACACAGCAGAAUAUUGAGGAGGCAGAGCUGAGACAAAUUACAGUUUCCCAAGCAAAGAUAAUCUUUAGGAAUACACACCACAAAUGUAGUGAAUUUAAUCUGGAUGCAGAACAGAUUGCUCCUUCAAAAGAAAUUGGUCAUAAAUGUGAUAUAUAUAGGAAAACCUUCUACUGUAAUUCACAAUUAAUUGAUCAAAAAAUCUGUAUAGAGAAAAAGCUCUUUGAGUGUAAUGAAUGUGGGAAAGCUUUCAUUAAAAAUACAAUACUUAAGAACCAUCAGAGAAUCCAUACUGGUGAGAAACCCUAUAAAUGUAAUGAAUGUGGAAAAGCCUUCAGACUUCGUGGAAACCUUACUCGACAUAAUAGAGUUCAUACUGGAGAGAAGCCCUAUGAAUGUAAUGAAUGUGGGAAAACUUUCAGACUGCGUGGAAACCUUAAUCAACAUAAGAGAAUUCAUACUGGGGAGAAGCCCUAUGAAUGUAGUGAAUGUGGGAAAGCCUUCCGAUUAUAUGCACACCUUACUCAACAUAAAAGAAUUCAUACUGGAGAGAAACCUUAUAAAUGUAAUGAAUGUGGGAAAACUUUUAGACUGCAGGGGCAUCUUACUAAACAUAAGAGCAUUCAUCCUGGAAAGAAACCCUAUAAAUGUAGUGAUUGUGAUAAGACUUUCAGCAAGGGCUCACUACUGGUGAGUCAUCAGAGAAUCCAUACUGGAGAAGAACCCCAUAAAUGUAAUGAAUGUGGGAAAGCCUUCAGUUCACGUGCAAGCCUUACUCAACAUAAAAGAAUUCAUACGGGAGAGAAACCCUAUGAAUGUAAUGAAUGUGGAAAAGCCUUCAGCCAGAAUGUAUGCCUUACUCAACAUAAGACAGUCCAUACAGGAGAAAAACCUUAUGAAUGUAAUCAAUGUGGGAAAGCCUUCAGUCAGAGCAGACACUUAAAUCGGCAUCAAAGAAUUCAUACAGGAGAAAAACCAUAUAAAUGUGAUGAUUGUGGGAAAUCAUUUAGUAAUGGUGAAUUCCUUCGACAACAUCAGAGAGUCCAUACUGGAGAGAAACCCUAUAGUUGUAAUGAAUGUGGGAAAGACUUUAGACUUCGUGUACACCUUACUAGACAUAAAAGCAUUCAUACUGGAGAAAAACCCUACAAAUGUAACGAAUGUGAGAAAACCUUUCGUCUGAGUACACACCUAACUCAGCAUAAGACCAUUCAUACUGGAGAGAAACCUUACAAAUGUAAUGAAUGUGGGAAAACCUUCAGAUUGAGUACAGACUGUACUCAACAUCAGAGAAUUCAUACUGGAGAAAGACCCUAUAUAUGUAAUGAAUGUGGGAAAGCAUUUUGGGACAGGUCAUCCUUUACUAAACAUCAGAAGAUUCAUACUGGGGAAAAGCCCUAUGAAUGUAAGGAAUGUGGAAAAGCUUUCGUUCAAAGUUCAUCCUUUAUUCAACAUUGUAUUACUCAUACUGGAGAGAAACCCUAUGAAUGUAAUACUUGUGGGAAAGCCUUCAGCCUUCAUGCAAAUCUUAUUCGACAUCAGAGAAUUCAUACAGGAGAAAAACCCUAUAAGUGUGAUCAAUGUGGGAAUGUCUUUAGGCACAGUUCAACCUUGAUAAGACAUCAAAGACUUCACAGUCAAGAAAAACCUUAUGAAUGUCAUGAAUGUGGGAAAGCUUUUAGUAAAGGUGCACUCCUAAGGCAGCAUCAGAGAGUCCAUACUGGAGAGAAACCCUAUAAAUGUAAUGAAUGUGGGAAAGCUUUCACACUUCGUGGAAGCCUUACUGGACAUAAGAGUAUUCACACUGGGGAAAAACCCUAUGAAUGUAAUGAAUGUGGGAAAGCCUUUAGAUUGCAUGCACAUCUUACCCAACAUAUGAGAAUUCAUACUGGAGAGAAACCCUAUGAAUGCAACGAAUGUGGGAAAGCUUUCAGAUUACAUGGGCACCUUACUAAACACCUGAACAUUCAUCCUGGAGAAAAACCCUAUGAGUGUAAUGAAUGUGGAAAAGCUUUCAGUAAAGGUGCGCUCCUUAAGCAACAUCAGAGAGUCCACACAGCAGAGAGACCCUAUAAAUGUGAUGAUUGUGGAAAAACUUUCAGUAUGAGUGCACUUCUUAAGCAGCAUCAAGGAGUUCAUACUGGAGAGAAACCCUAUGAAUGUAGUGAAUGUGGGAAAGCCUUCAGACUUCGUGGAAGCCUUACUCAACAUAAGAGCAUUCAUACUGGAGAGAAACCCUAUGAAUGUAAUGAAUGUGGGAAAGCUUUCAGUACAGGUGCAAUUCUUAAGCAACAUCAAAGAAUUCAUACUGGAGAGAAGCCCUACAAAUGUGAUGAAUGUGGGAAAGCCUUCAGUCGGAGUUCAAGCCUUACAGAACAUAAGAGAAUCCAUACUGGAGAAAAACCAUAUGAAUGUAAUGAAUGUGGAAAAGCCUUCAGACUGCAUGGACAUCUCACUAAACACCAGAGCAUUCAUCCUGGGGAGAAACCUUAUGAAUGUAAUGAAUGUGGAAAAGCCUUCAGACUUUGUGGAAAACUUACACAACAUAAGAGAAUUCAUACUGGAGAAAAACCAUAUAAAUGUAGUGAUUGUGGCAAAGCUUUUGGAGAUGGUGCACUCCUUAUGCGGCAUCAGAGAAUUCAUACUGGAGAGAAACCUUACAAAUGUAAUGAGUGUGGAAAAGCCUUUAGUCGUCGUGCAAACCUUACUCAACAUAAAAGAGUUCAUACUGGAGAAAAACCCUAUGAAUGUCAAGAAUGUGGUGAAACUUUCAGUCAGAGUAAACAACUAAAGCGACAUCAGACACUUCAUACUGGAGAGAAACCCUAUAGAUGUAAUGAAUGUGGGAAAACCUUCCGUCAGAGUAGACAGUGUACUCAACAUCAGAGAAUUCAUACUGGAGAGAGACCCUACACAUGCAGUGAGUGUGGAAAGACCUUCAGACUGCAUGCACAGCUUACUGAACACAAAAGCAUUCAUACUGGAGAGAAAGCUUAUGAAUGUAAUGAAUGUGGGAAAGCCUUCAGACUGCAUGCAAACCUCUCUAGGCAUCAAAGAAUACAUACAGGAGAGAAACCUUAUAAAUGUAAUCAGUGUGGGAAUGCCUUUAGGCAUAGUUCAACUUUAGUCAGACAUCAGAGACUUCAUAGCGGAGAAUAAUCCUAGGGCUUUAGUGAAUGGAGAAAAUACUUCUGUUUAAUUAUCCUUUAUCAAAUAUCUGCAGCCAUUAAGUCAUUGUCACUAAUUGAUCUUGUCAUGUCUUGAAGAAAAAAAAUGCUUCCUCUCCUAUAUUUCCUCUACUCUACACAUCAGGGUCUACAAGGGACUUCACAUCAAUUCACCUCAAAGCAUAUCACCUUAUAGCUAAUGAUUAGUUCAGCUAACAUCAGUUUCCUGAUAAUAUGAGUAAGUUUUUGUUGUUUGGAUUCCUAAAAAUUAUCAAAUUUUAUAGUUUUCAA